GGGGCACCGAUCAUACACGUUCGCAAUCGUAUAUAUAGCGGAUCCGCUGUGCAGAAUAAUCAUCAUUCGACCGAUUCGCUUCCGAUAACCAACGUUCACCAUGAAAUUCACAUCAGCUCUCGUCGCCUUGGCCACCGUUGCCCUUGUCGCAGCCGACGCGUCCAGCAAUGACAAGAAGACGACCAAGCACGAAAAGAGAAGUCUGCCAGCAUUAGACUCCGGAUUAGGACUGUCGUCCGGUCUGGGCUACGGUUCCGGUCUGGGCUACGGUUCCGGUCUGGGCUACGGCUCCGGUCUGGGUUACGGCUCCGGUCUGGGCUACGGCUCCGGUCUGGGCUACAGCUCCGGUCUGAGCUACGGCUCCGGUCUCAGAUACGGCUCCGGUCUAGGAGUGUCAUCCGGUUUGGGUCUAUCGUCUGGAUUGGGAUACUCCAGCGGUCUCGGAUACGGUUCAGGUUACCAAGGCGUCGCCGCCGCCGCCGUUGCCGCACCCGCCCCAACAACCGGACCCAUUGUACCAAUCUCCAGGGACGUGCACAUCAUCAACCGUCACGCUCAACCGGUGUCCGCCCCGUACCCAGUGCCAGUGCAAAACAACGUAGCCGUUCCCGUACCGCACCCAGUUCCGUACCCAGUCGAUCAGCCGUACCGCGUCAAUGUACCCGCCCCGUACCCGGUUCCAGUCGAAAGACCAGUACCGUAUGCGGUCGACAGACCAGUUCCUCAUCCAGUUGCCUCACCUUACCCGGUCCCGGUUGUCCGUGACGUGCCAGUGCCAGUGUCCAGACCAUACGCAGUCCCUGUAGUGAAAAGUGUCCCCGUUCCGGUAGCUACCCCGGUUGUCGUACCAGCACCUCAACCAGCUAUCGCCAUCGCAGCUCCUGCAGCACCACUUAUCGCUUCCGGUUACAGUUCUGGACUUGCAACUUCUGCAAUCGGUUACGGUUCUGGUUACGGUUACGGUUCUGCCUACAGUUCUGGACUUGCUUCAUCCGCCAUCGGUUACGGUUCUGGUUACGGCUCCGGUUACAGCUCUGGUUACGUAUCUCCAGCCAUCGGUUACAGCUCUGGUAGCAUCUACAGCGGAUCACUUGGACACGGAAGUGUAUCUUCAUACGGUCACGGACACAGUUUGGACUACAAGAAAUAGAAUAUUCAUUUGAUUCCAUCUCAACUGAAUAAUGAUGUCAUAUUUUUAUACAAUGUAUACCAUAUUUUAAAACUCGUAGACAAUUAUUAA